CUCUCCUGCUCUUCAUCUUGGUGGAAGAAUGGCUCCUAAAAAAGCUGAACCGAAGAAGGAGACAGCAAAGCCAGCAACCCCUCCUGAACCAGAAAAACCCAAGGAGCCUCAGUUUGAUCCAAAAAGCAUCAAGGUUGAGUUUACAGCUGACCAGAUUGAAGAAUUUAAAGAGGCCUUCAUGCUAUUCGACAGAACACCCACUGGUGAAAUGAAGAUCACUUACGCCCAGUGUGGAGAUGUCAUGAGGGCGUUGGGUCAGAAUCCUACAAAUGCUGAGGUCAUCAAAGUACUUGGCAAACCCAAACCUGAGGAAAUGAACACCAAACUGAUAGACUUCGAGACUUUCCUGCCUAUGUUCCAACACGUGUCCAAGUCCAAAGAUCAGGGCACAUUUGAGGACUUUGUUGAGGGCUUGCGAGUCUUUGACAAGGAAGGAAAUGGCACUGUAAUGGGUGCUGAACUUCGCCAUGUACUUGCAACAUUAGGUGAGAAGAUGACAGAAUCAGAAGUAGAACAGCUAAUGGCAGGACAGGAAGAUGCAAACGGCUGUAUCAACUAUGAAGCAUUUGUUAAACAUAUCAUGGCUGGGUAAACAAAUAAGGUACUAAUGUGAUGUCCUUUGCAGGUCUCACCAGUCCUUCAGCCCUGCUCUCCUCUCUCUAAUGCCCUUAAAGGGAUACUUCACCUCUGGAGAGAUUAAUGUGUAUUUAAAUUGGGUCAUUUGUGUAGGACAAAUGUGAAAUUAUUUCAGUUUUCCUGUAUGACAUUUUGUCUUUGAUUUGUGUGUGUGUGUAUGUGUUGCAGGCCAUUUUACAACCAAUGCAUUUAUUUCCAAAUGUGUUGUUACUGAAACUGCUUGUUCAUUGGCAACA